AUGAUUGCAAAGCUAGACAGUAUGCUUUUGCCCAGAAAAAAGUUCCUCUAUCAUUACAAGAAUGUGCGCUGGGCAAGGGGCCGGCAUGAAACAUACCUCUGUUUUGUAGUAAAAAGACGAGUAGGGCCUGACUCCUUGUCCUUUGACUUUGGACACCUCCGCAAUCGCAAUGGCUGCCAUGUAGAGCUGCUGUUCCUGCGCCACCUUAGUACAUUAUGCCCUGGUCUAUCUGGGUAUGGAUUUCAUGGGGAGAGGAGGGUCAGCUACUCUAUCACCUGGUUCUGCUCCUGGUCUCCCUGUGCAAACUGCUCUUCCAGACUGGCCCAGUUCCUCAAACAGACACCCAACCUUCGCCUCAGGAUCUUUGUCUCUCGUCUUUACUUCUGUGACAUGGAGGACAGUCGUGAAAGAGAGGGUCUCAGGCUGCUUAAAAAAGUCGGCGUGCACAUCACAGUCAUGAGUUACAAAGACUUCUUCUACUGCUGGCAGACUUUUGUGGCUCAGCAAAGCAAAUUUAAGGCCUGGGAAGAUCUGCAUCGAAACUCAGUACGUCUGGCCAGAAAACUCAACCGCAUCCUCCAGCCCUGUGACACAGAAGAUUUAAGAGAUGCCUUCAAGCUUCUUGGACUGUAA